AUGCGAGUUCGACCAAAUCGUGGUGACCGUUUGGUAGAAGGACGAACAGCUUGUGCAUGUGCUCAUGCAGUACCAGUCAACUGUCACGAUCGACUCCAUGAGACUCAACAUCCUGCCAACAUCUCCAUGAAAAUAUACAGCAUAUGCUACAUGAGCGCUUUACAAGCUCCGCCCCGUCCACUAGCAGUCAACGAGGGCAAAUCGGUCAUUUUCACUCUAGAGCCGUUUUGGCUUGAACCAUAUUGGCGAGAGUUGUUGCUCGAUAAUCUAACAUUCCACUACGACUUCAAUGUCAAGGCUCCGGAGCACUGCGAAGGCACGGUGACGACUUUAGAUGAUGGCCAGCACCUCUGUACCAACUCCAUUGCUCUGAACAUAACGAACUACGAUCAGUACGACGAUGACUUGCCAGAAGAAGUAGAAAUCGACCGCGAUAUCUUUGCAGGAGCACCAGAAGUUCAGGUGUACUACCUCGUUGACGUGAACCGACCAAGACAGUUGGAGGUCAAGGGCGGCUCCAUCACAAUUCAUGAUGCCAAGACAUCGGUCGAGUCCGAAAUACUCAAGUAUGAUCUUACUGCCGGAUACCAACCAACAGAAGAUCUUCCAGCUGUUACUGAAACCCAAGAUGAAGGUGAAGACACCAGUGAAGAGCAAGGUGGUAUCGAUAAUUUUGAAAACCAUAGACCAUCGAAAAGUAAGGAGCGUGAACCUACAAAGGGCGAAAUGCAUGAUAAGAACGUGAAAACUGAUGUGAAAAGUUCUGAAGCGAAAACUACAACAGAAGAACCACAAGUCGAGCAUGAAGAGGAGCAUGGAGACGACGAUAACGAACUUACUACGACUAUGGUGACCCCGAAGACGACAGGAGAACAAGUCUACGUGAAAACAGAAGCUGAUGACGACGAGGAAGUAGAAGAAGAUAAGAAGAAGGAGGAUGAUAUAACCGAAGCCGACGGAAGCCACGAAACCGAAGAAAUUACUGAAUCUACUGCGAAAGCAGAUGACGACUCAGUUGAAGCAAACGCGAAGCAUGAGGAGAAGAUGGAAAAAGAGGGGGACAAUGAAGAGGAAGAGGAGUCAAGUGAGCAGCAUGACGAGGACGAUGACACCGAAACCGAUGAGGAUGAAAAGGAGAAAGACAAUGACGAGGUAACAUGCUGUUCUAACAACCAUUCUAAAGAUUAA